AUGGCUGGCUGGACCCAUAAUUCCCCCUCUCUGCUCCGCUUCCCCCUCUCCUCUUGCCCCAGGGACGAGGUGGACGAUGAGGUGGACGACGAGGUGGACAUAGUGGCAUCGCUGCUGGGGGAUGUGAUGGCUGGCUGGACCCAUAAUUCCUCUGCCCUGCUCUGCUUCUCCCUCUCCUCCCUUGCCAGGGACGAGGCAGACGGCGAGGUGGAUAUAGAGGCAUCGCUGCUGGGGGAUGUGAUGGCCAAUGAGAAUCCGUUUCCCCGCCUCUUCCCUCUCUUCCCUCUCUCUCACCCCCAUCCCUCUUGCCGCAGAGACGAGGUAGACAACGAGGUUGACAUAGUGGCAUCGCUGAUGGGGAACAACGGACGAGGUAGACAACGAGGUGGACAUGAUGCCAUUGCUGCCAGGGGACGGUGUGACUGGCUGGACCCAGGAUUCCUUGGCUCUGCUUCGUAUAUCCGCCUCUCCUUUUGCCCUAGGGACGAGGUAGACGAUGAGGUGGACAUAGUGGCGUCACUACUGGGGGAUGUGAUGGCAUACAGAGCCGUGGGGGCCAGUCACCUGGAGCUGCUCGCAGCCAAUCGCCCGCCGCCAGCUGUCGAUGCCCCCCUCUCCUCCUCCUCCUCCUUUUCCCACCCCACCCAUCUCAACACACUACCAUCCACCACCGCUGCCACCCCUCUCUCCUCCACCACCACCACCGCACCCUCUGUCUUUGAUUCUCUCAACUCUAAUACUGCCACCAGCAGCACUGCAGGCAGCAGCAUGAGGGGCGUUGACAGAAGCAAUGCAAGGAGCGGGCGUGGGGUUAGCAGGGUUGGAAGCGAGGGGAGCAGCAGCAGCGACAGGUUAGCAGAGGGGGGUCCCUUCCCCUCCCCCUCUGCCUCUGUGCCGAUAACCCUCAUUGAGGAAGCUGCGGCUCUGCUGCCCCUUGCUAUUGCUGCCUAUACGGGCCCCUUAUUGGGCAUUGGCUAA